AAACGCCACAGGAUUGGCCCAUGAUGGAGGUAGCACGUAGUCGUAUGGGCCAUGGACUUUCUCCCCCGUGUUUCUAAUCUUGGCCAUCUAUCUACCUAGGUUGCUGUGCUGGGGUAGGGGAGAAUAAAAGAAGCAGGGCGGAAGGCGGGAAGAUGGGGAACUAAGCGCUAGGGGGGGACUAUUGAGAAGAAGCAAGGAUGAGCCGGGGGUCAAACUCUCGUCCGCCAAAGUAAACAUAUAUCGUACUACUCCUCCCUUCUCUCCUCCACUUCGACACCCAAACCAUUUGUACUCUUUUGUAGAAGAAAAGAGACGAAAAAAAGAACAAGUAUCUAUACAUAAAAGAACACCCAGCACAUUAUAUUCAAGAAAGCAAAAAAGACAUACACGAGACAGCAACCAUGGGCUCUCUCGUUUCCACAAUGGGUUCCAAAUCCUCAAAGAGCUCAAAGGCCACCAACCCCGAGGGCGAGCCCCGGUACUGGUUCCGCGACAACUUCUUCCUCACAAACGACAAGAAAUAUCUCGAGCCCCAGGCCGUCAACGCCGUCUUUGAAUCAGACCUCAUGUGGUGGAACGAUCCGCUGCCGGAGUCACAGAUGCGCAAGAUGCUGUCCAAUUGCAUGACAAUGAGCAUAUACCACGUACCCGAGUCGGAGAAGCAGAUGCAGAACAACGGAGCUCCGCGGAGACCAUACGGCUCCAACGUAAAACUCGUCGGCCUCGCCCGUGUCGUAACCGACUACGUCACGUUCGCCUACCUCACCGACGUCUUCAUCAUCGAGGAGUUCCAGCGCCGCGGCCUCGCCAGCUGGAUGAUGCAAGGGCUCAAGGAAAUCGUCGACGAGUGGCCCAACCUGCGCGGCCUCGUCCUCAUGACGCACGACCAGUCCGCCGCGAAAAUGUACCAGCGCGAGCUGAAAGCCCUCGACUGGGACCAAGGUCCGUCCGCUGGCUUGGUGUUGUUGGAGAUGCCGGGCGGGGGGGUCAAGGAUAUCCCGGAGGAUCACAAAUGAGACUGGCGCGCCGCUUACUUUUGUUUUGCCUCCCCUUUUUUCUUUAUUGUCGCAUGUUUUCAGCAUUGCAUAAGUCUCGUUCGACGCUCAUCGACGAGGCACGGUUAGCUUUUUUGCAUCUUGGGUUUCUUGGGUUUCUUGGAUAUUAUUGAUGUUUUUCUUUUUUUUUUUUCUCUUUUAUACCUACCAUUUAUGUCUCUACCUGGUAGUUUUAGAUAUGGCAGCCCGCAUCUCGAGAGCCC